UACGGCGCAUGCGCACUAUGCACGGCCUUUUCCCAGUUCCGCAGCGCCCUCACUGUAGCGCUGUGAAUCUCCGGUCCUCGCCUAGACGGGACAAAAUCCGGCGACAUGGGGUUUGUGAAAGUUGUAAAGAACAAGGCUUAUUUCAAGCGGUACCAAGUCAAGUUCCGCAGAAGGAGAGAGGGCAAGACUGACUACUUCGCCCGUAAGAGACUGGUUGUCCAGGACAAAAAUAAGUACAACACCCCUAAAUACAGGAUGAUCGUGCGCAUCACCAACAGAGACAUCAUCUGCCAGAUUGCCUAUGCCAGGAUUGAAGGAGACAUGAUCGUCUGUGCUGCUUAUUCACAUGAGCUUCCAAAGUACGGCAUCAAGGUUGGGCUUACAAACUACGCUGCAGCUUAUUGCACCGGUCUGCUGCUGGCUCGCAGGCUGCUUAACAAGUUUGGCCUUGAUAAAGUCUAUGAAGGCCAAGUGGACGUUACAGGAGAUGAGUACAAUGUUGAAAGCAUUGAUGGGCAACCUGGAGCCUUCACAUGUUACCUGGAUGCAGGUCUCACCAGAACCACCACUGGAAACAAAGUCUUCGGCGCUCUUAAGGGAGCUGUAGAUGGCGGCCUGUCCAUUCCUCACAGCACAAAACGUUUUCCUGGUUAUGACUCUGAAAGCAAAGAGUUCAACGCUGAAGUCCACCGCAAACACAUCCUGGGCCAGAAUGUAGCGGACUACAUGCGUCUACUGAUGGAGGACGAUGAGGAGGCAUACAAGAAGCAGUUCUCACAAUACAUAAAGAAUGGUGUCACACCAGACCAAAUGGAAGAAUUGUACAAAAAGGCUCAUGCCGGUAUAAGGGAGAACCCAGUUCACGAAAAGAAACCCAAGAGAGAAGUAAAAAAGAAGAGGUGGAAUCGUGCCAAAAUGUCGCUGGCGCAGAAAAAAGAUCGCAUUGCUCAGAAAAAAGCAAGCUUUCUCCGAGCUCAGGAAAAGAAUGCAGACAGCUAAACUGGGUUUCUUGCAAUUUUGUACAAGAGUCUCUUAAAAAUAAAUCUAUUCACACCA